CCAUGACAUUGCAUCUUACCUCUCGAAGUUGCCUUUGGCGAAAUUCAGUGUCCCGAGGGUCCCUGAAACUUAGAGCAAUCCGGCCGUUAAAGCAGACAUUCAAAGCUGUUAGGCAGAAUGGCGCUGAGAUCCCUGUGCUGUUUGUACCAUCCUCACUUCGCCGCCCUUUGAAGGAAAAGCGAAGCCCUCACGUCCUCUCGGUGGCUGGGUGCGUUUCUCCCUCAAAAUGGCACUUCCGAAUCAAUCAGGGAUGCCAGGAACGCGGAAAGCAAGGAGCGCUGCCGUGGACGGUCACCUUCCACCGUUAAGACAACUUGACAUUGACCCUUCAUCCUUGACCUUGUCCUUGGGGACAGGAGCCCGCGUCGCUGCCGGGGUAAACCCCGGCCCCGGAGCCGCUGUCCCGCGGGGUGCCGAGCGAGGGCGGCGGGGCCGAGACCGAGUCUGGGUGCGAGUCCGGGUCCGUUCCCCCCGCGGGCAGGUGGAGGCAGCCCGGGGGAAAGCUGCGGAUAGAGCUGCUGGUGGAAGCCGCCCUCCCGCCGCCCGAGCUUCCCCCAUCCCCGGUCCUCCCGCCGGGGCGCGGCGGCUCCCGCUGCUAAAACCUCCUUUUCCUUUCAUUUCCGCCCCCCCCCCCCCCCGUUCUUCUCCCCCCAUAGGCCUCAGCACCGCUCCACCUAAAAGCACCCUGACUGCUAUGCCUGUAGCGGGGCAGCGCCGUGCCCGGGCUCUGCAAGGCCGGGUAACGACACAAGGAGCCGCGGGCCGGGGCUGCUGCAGGCCUUCCUGCCCGGCCGCGCCGCAACUCCGCCGCGCCUCCUUAAAUCUCUGCCGUUAAAAUGUGGGCGGGUGUUUCAACUCAAAAAGCGCUCAAAUUUUUUUUCUUUUCAAAAAAAGCUGAUGAGGUUAAAAAAAAAAAAAAAGGGAGGGGGGGGGGGGAAGAGAAGAAGGGAAAAAAAAAAAGAGAGAGAAACCGGCUUCGUGUCCGUAGGAAACAGAAGUAGCAAUUGUUUGUGCUUAAAAAAGGGGGAGCGCAAAGCCGCGGGCGGAGGCAGCGACGGCGGGACCGGCAAGUGCAGCUUUAUUUCGCGAAGUUGAAAGAAGAGGCGAGCGGCGGCUGUCACUGCGCGCCGGGCCGGGCACGGAGCGGCCCCUGCCCGGAGCUCACCCUCCGCUCCCCGCCGGGGCGAGAGGCGCGGCUGGCGGCGGGCAGCGGUAACAGCGGCACCCUCCGCCCCGCCGCCGGUACCGCCAGCACCCGGCGCUCUCCUGGAUGCUCCGGAGCCGCCGCCGCCGGGGGCGGCCGCCGGCCGGGAUCGCGCCCGCCCGCAGCGCGGAGGCUGCGCGGGGCCGCGGGAGUGAAGCUGCUGCGGGGAGCGGGAGCACCGAGGGAGCCAGCUCGGCGGCUGAGCGCCACGGGCGCCGCCCGUCCGACCCUGCCGUGCUCGGCCCGGACUAGAGAGGCGGCGGCGUGGGAUGCCAAGGGGGGACCGGGAUCCCGAGCGGGAGUUGGAUGCACACUGCUACGGAAGACUGAUCCUCGGAGCUGUUGCUGCUAAGGCUCAGAUCCCGGCUGUGAGCAAGGUCACCCUAAAGAAUGGCCGAGCCUUCUGGGAACGAGCUGGCGUCCGCGGCUGCCAAGGGGGACCUAGUGCAACUUACUAAUUUGUUGCAAAAGAAUGUAAACGUCAAUGCACAAAAUGGAUUUGGGAGGACUGCGCUGCAGGUGAUGAAGCUGGGGAACCCCGAAAUUGCCCGGAGGUUGCUAAUUAGCGGCGCGAACCCCAAUCUGAAGGACAGUACUGGCUUUGCUGUAAUUCAUGAUGUAGCCAGAGAGGGGUUUCUGGACACUUUGCAGACUCUGCUGGAGUUCAAGGCUGAUGUGAACAUCGAGGAUGAUGAGGGGAACCUGCCCUUGCACUUGGCGGCCCGGGAGGGGCACGUUCGGGUGGUGGAGGUCCUUCUGGCCCGUGCGGAGUGCAAGGUGGGCCACCAGAACAAGCGGGGGGCCACUGCCUACGACCUGGCCAAGCUCUACAAGAGAUCUGCCGUGGUGAAGCUCUUGGAGGGCAGCAGCUUCUCCCCCGCAGCCAUGGAUUAAGCCCCACUCGGACACUGAGCCUUCACCCUCCUCAGUAUUUUUUUGUUCUCCUCCUCCUUUUUAAUAACAUUCGUUGCAACCUUACUUCUAUUAUUAUAUAUAUAUAUAUUAUUUUUUCUCCCCCACUCCUGAACAGCUGAUAGUGUAAGUCUCAAGAAAUUCUAGAGGUGGGUUUACAAGUAACAGAAAGGCUUUAAACCCGCGCUCCCAGCGAUUUCUUAUGCCUGCCAUUUACAGCCUACUCACAGACUCAGCCGUGUACAUGCCGGUCGCUCAUACCUAGUUUUCCAAGUAUCAAGUUUUAGGAUUUAUUGUAGGUCAUUCGUAUUAAGUCAUUAAUACAUAUUCACAUGCUUAAUGUUGCUGGGCUUUUAAGGAAAGAAAAGAGCUUAUUGUGAUUUCUCUCACCUCUCAAAGCUCCCCCCCCCCUCCAAUGCCCUCCUUUCGCCAUCCCUUAUUAGUCAGGCUUAAGGGUUUGAAAACCUGCUUUUGGCUUAAAACAGCUUUUCGAGGGGUAACCUGCACCUCCCUGCUCGGGCAGAGCUUGAAGUCAAAGGCAGUUUGGCCUGAGGACAGAGGACGGCGCUUAGAGGCUUUGGGGAAUAGCUGCAUUUUGACACUAGCAACAGCUUGUAGCAGUAGGUCACUCGCUUUCCAAACGUAGAUGACACUUUUCCCCUUUCAGUAUUUAAACUUCCACCAACCUGAUUUUGAAUUGAGUUACCAGAAAGAGUGUAAGUGGUGGUGUUCUGAUUGCCAGAGGUUUCAAACAGCCCAGUUGGGUGGUUCGUGUUUACUGUGCACUGAACGAGAGGAGUUUUCUAGUUUCAAAACAAGCAGCAGAGAACCUUUGUCAGAGGCAGGAGGAUGCGGGGGCUGCGAUGCAACACGUUUUCUGGUCGCUUCAUAAACUGAGUGCAGUUUAGAUGCUCUUUAAGGAAUAUUUGCUUUCACCAGCUGUUCUGUUCUGCCUGGAAAUAAACUAUCUCAAUGACAGAUGCAUCUCCCAAAGCAGGAAUAUCGGGAUACAGUGACAUUUAGGAAGCAGCACUUCGGUAUUCGGGAAAUCAUGUUAUUGCUUGCACCUAAAACCCGAUUUAACCACUGAAUUUUUCCCAUUGCAAUACAGCUGAGAGGAUUCACCAGACUCAUUUACUUCUCCAGCUACGACGUUAGGAGCUGAGGACACUUAGCACGGCAUUGGAAGGAGUUUAGUAUGCAACUUAUAACGUUUGUACAGGUUCCAGUUGUUGGACAGCUGGGCAGUUUCAAGUGCUUUAUUCUGAAUUGCCUAAAUUUCAGUUGCGCAAAAUAGAAGGUUUUAAAUCGAUGUGGAACGAACUGUACUGAAAAUAGCACUUAAAAAAGGUGGGGGUGUACUUUAGUUUAGAUUUUAACUCUUAAAAAAAACGGAGAUUUUUACACCACCCCCCCCCCAGUUCAAUUACUACCGUUUAUCAAGUAAGAAGUGCUCUGCUGAAGCUGCCUGUCACAUUUACCAUCCGCUCUGUCACGCUGCUGUGUUUUCUGAUUAAAAACCUCUGUGAAA